UUCCUUUUCUUCGAACUAACUCAGAAUUUGAAGUGAAGUUGCAUAAAGUCUUAGAUGUGUGCCCUCUUGUCCAGUUAUCUAAAGAAUAUAGCACAAAGAGAUCAGAGGUCUUUCUUUAUCCCGUCAGUCCUCCAGCUAAUUUUAAAAACUUCAAUAAGAUCACCACUUUUUACUUUUCUUUUCUCAAGAGAGGAGUUUUUAACCCAUUCUUGUAAGUCAUGGAAGACUACAAAUUUCUUUUCAAGGUGGUUCUGAUAGGAAAUGCAGGAGUUGGGAAAACUUGUAUAGUACGUCGGUUCACGCAGGGUCUUUUCCCUCCUGGGCAAGGAGCUACAAUCGGUGUUGACUUCCUCAUCAAGACUGUACAGGUGGAUGGAGAGAAAGUAAAGCUUCAAAUAUGGGACACAGCAGGUCAAGAAAGGUUUCGUUCCAUCACCCAGAGCUAUUACCGCAGCGCUCAUGCUCUGAUUUUAGUUUACGAGAUCUCGUCACAGUCAACAUUUGAUUGUCUACACAUGUGGUUAAAAGAAAUAGAGCAGUUUGCAAAUCCUAAAGUACUUAGAGCAUUAGUAGGAAAUAAAAUGGAUAGAAAAGACAGAGAAGUCCCAAACCAAAUUGGAAAAGAAUUUGCAAAAGCUCACAAUAUGUAUUUCAUUGAAACAUCAGCCAAAGAUUCUGACAACGUAGAAAAACUCUUUCUAGAAGUUGCAGCUCGACUAACUGAAGAGGCGAAAGCCACCAGAGGUCAGUUCAAUAAUUCUGAACUGAUUCAAUCAUUUGGAGAGAAAAAGGAAAAGACAGAACAUCACUGUUGUAAGUUUUCAUGAGAAUGUAUGAUAAGAACUGUUUUGGAUGUUGAUAAAGAUUUAUAUAAACUGUCUAGUAGGCAAUUGUAAAUAAAGAUAACCAAGUAUUCAUAUGAAUAGAAGGUUAAAUGUUCCUAGUAAUGCUUUCAUCAGUAAAAAUUUGGGAGACAAACUAAUUUAAACUACUGAUUUUAUAUUUAUCACUCGUAAAGAAAUAUUUAAAAAAAAUGCAAGACCCUUCUCUGUACACCAUAUAGAUGAGGUUGUAGCAUUGUUAGAAUACAAUACUAUGUAAAGCUUCUUAUACCAGUAUUUGACGGAUAUAUUUUGAUACAAAGUGUAGUAUCGUGUUAAUUUUUUAUUUAUUUUUUGCAAUUCGAUUUUGCCAGUUUUGGUUUAAACGUAGCAGAAGCUCGGUUAUAAAAUAUAUGUUAAAAUUGUAGAGCUUAGUGAUAAUUAAUGAAUCCAAAAAUGUUUGUUGGGGAAAACAAAAAAAAAUGAGUCAAUUUUUCUAAAAGACGUUGACACAAAUAAACAGUUAUGUUAUACUUACAAAAUUACCAUCAUAUUUGUUCGUAAUAUGAACAGUUGUUUACAUUUGAAUUGUAUCAAAGUAAAGUUGAAUACAUAAGUGCUUUACUGAAUUUUCUUGAUGUUGUAGUUAAAGGUUUUUCACUAAGAAUAAAUAUUUAUUUUUUUCUUUACCAGAUCAUUCUGGUUCUGUAAUCAGAUAUUUGAGGUGUUGAUUUUUUUUUCCACAUUCUUUGUUCAGUAUUACAAUGAAAUGAGUACAACUUUAGUUAUUGUAUUUCCUUCCUUUUUGAUAUUUUUAUAAUUGAAAUUUUCUUCUUAAUUGUUUAAAUCUAAGUCUUUUAGCAUUGUUAUUUUUUACUGUUGUGUCUCUGUUAACAUCAUCAAAUAUUAGUGUGUACAAAACGUCUCAAGAUCUUAAAAGUUAUUGUCUAUUAUACUUUUGUAGGUGAAAGUUAAAAACUUAGGUAAUUCUUCAUUGAAUAUAGUGUGUUUCUAUUGAGGGAAAUGCCGACAUCACUUACAUUCCUCUUAGAAACUAUGUAUUUUCAUCGCUUCAUUUUGUACAUUAAUUCUGCUAAAAGGUUGUUUCAAAUAUUAUUUACAAAUACUUCUUGAAUUAUACAGCUUUCAUUAAACACAAGUGAACUGUUUUUUGUUUUUUCAAUUUUUGACUACUUAGUUAAAGCUCUUCGUACAGUAUUAGCCUGUGUCAAAUUAUGUAUAAGCAGAAAUAUUUCAGUAACAUAUAUUUUUAUUUAUCUACUUGUAUGUAAAAAAAAAAGAUUUUCAAACUUGGAGAUGCUUGAGAUAACAUAGUUUAAAUGGAUUGGUAUUUCCUGGUACCACUUGAGACAACAUAGUUUAAAUGGAUCGAUAUUUCCUGGUACUACUUGAGACGACAUAGUUUUAAUAGAUCAGUAUUUCCUGGUACCACUUGAGAUGACAUAGUUUAAAUGUAUCAAUAUUUUCUGGUACUACUUGAUAUGACAUAGUUUAAAUGGAUUGAUAUUUCCUGGUACCACUUGAGAUGACAUAGUUUAAAUGGAUUGAUAUUUCCUGGUACCACUUAAGAUGACAUAGUGUAAAUGGAUCAGUAUUUCCUGGUACAACUUGAGAUGACAUAUUUUAAAUGGAUCAAUAUUUCCUGGUACUACUUGAGAUGACAUAGUUCAAAUGUAUCAAUAUUCCCUGGUACCACUUGAGAUGACAUAGUUUAAAUGGAUUGAUACUUCCUGGUACUACUUGAGACGACAUAGGUUAAAUGGAUCAAUAUUUCCUGGUACUACUUGAGACGACAUAGGUUAAAUGGAUCAAUAUUUCCUGGUACUACUUGAGACGACAUAGGU